AUGGCGAAGAGUCACGGUGGCGUAAAUGAUGAGCCCAAAUUGCGGCACCAGAGGAAAAGGCCAAAGCGCUUUGCCGUUGGGUGCUACCACACCAGUGCCAUGUUGCUUAUCAUCGGCCUCGUAGUAGCACUGGCUGGAAUCUCCUCGAGUUACCUCUUUGGCAUCUUCGUGUACGAUAAUCGGCACCCGCCCCUCUUCCACCACAUCUCUGUCCACGUGGGCCUGUUCGACAUCAAGGGCGACAUCACGGGCAAUGGGAGUGACGGUCUGGUUGUCCCACUGGAGUAUCCGCCCAUUUUGGAAGAGCUCCGCUGGUUGAUAGCAAAGGCGUCAGCGAUCAUUGCGCUCCUGUUUGGCGUCCUCGCGCUCUCCAUCCACGCAUUUCUGCUUUGCUGCAGCCGAAAUCGGGAAGACAAGCCAUGGGGCACUGUCGCCACCGAACUCUUCUCGUGUCUCAUCACAGUGAUCGGGCUGUUGGUUUGCCUGAGCCUCGCUGAAUCAGAAAUCGAGGGAGUCCACAAUCACGGUGACGAGACACUGGUGCGGAUGCUCCAGGCCAAUAAGCUUCUCGCGUUUUCGGCCCAAGUCGACACGUUGGCCAACCAAUCAGGAGGCGAACAGGACGCCCCGCCCCCACGUCCAUCUGCCGAAGUGGCUGAAUUCAAUUUGGUCCUGUCGGAGCCUCGUCGCAGCUUCUACGUCCUCAUCGCCGCCGACUUUGUCUGCCUGCUAGCAUUUCUUGCCAUGCUUGUGUACUUUGUACGACUUAGUGAACGCGAAGAACAAUUGAGGAAGCAGCUACAAAAGGCCAAGGUUACCAAGCCCGCCUCCGGACGCUCCCCUGUGUAG